UUUGUUACUGUUGUCUCGAAAGUGCUCAGUAAAACAAGUUCGAAUGUCAGUAUUUACCUUAACUAGCUUACUACAAACGUUAUAAUAUCACAGCUGCUGGUUUUAUCGGUCGUACUUCGUCUCAACGGGUGAUGGAGACAAUGAAAAGAGAGUGACUAUGAGGGGCGCUGUUGCAUCUUAGCAGAAAGAAACAUCCCCCCUCAGGGUACCAAAUAAGAAGAUGCCAGGCCUUCAGGGUGAAAAUGUCGUGGCGGCGCUCGGCAGCCCCAUCAGGAAGAAUAAACUGUCUCUGAAAUUUCUCCAGAAGAAAGAUCCUAAACGGGCUCUGGAUUUCUCUGAACCCCAAGCAGAAGAGCCCAAAACGGCAGAAGCAGAGGAGCCCGAGGCCAGCAGCUGUGAUCAGGUGGUCCCUGGUCCUCCUGCAUGCCCAGGUUCCCCUGGCCUCCUCCUACCCUGUGAGAAGAGAGAGACCCUGGUGCCGUUUGUUGGGCUCAACAACCUGGGAAACACCUGCUAUUUAAACAGCGUCUUACAGGUGCUGUACUAUUGCCCAGGUCUCAGGGAAGGAAUAAAGAAACUGUACAACCUGUCCAAAAGAAAAGACAAAAUAAAAGAAGAAACAGCUCAAAAGGAAGAACAGUCAGAAGUUGCAGUUGAAGAUUUGCCGGCUCAAAUUGAGCUCCUUGGGAGCUUCAAUAGUUUGAUAACAUCAGUGGAGCAGCUGCAGUCGAGCUUCCUGCUGAACCCUGAGAGCUUCAAUGAGGGAGAACUUGCUACACCACCUCGUAAAAUACUCCACACACUCAGGCAGCUGAAUCCUAUGUAUGAGGGCUACCUUCAGCAUGAUGCCCAAGAGGUGCUGCAGUGCAUCUUGGGGUACAUUCAUGAAGCUUGUGACACUAUUAGGAAGGAGCAGGAGCCAGAGAGUGAGGUUGAAGAUGUGACUGAAGUUAAAUGUGACAGCUCUGAAAAAGAAUCCAAAACUCCGCUAGAAGAGGACGGCCAAGUCAGCGGAAAGAGGAAGAGCGACACUGAAGUGGGAAACGCCAAAAAGAAACCCAAAUCUGUCAAGUCAAAGAAAUCUGAUGCUGAGGAAGAAGGUGUCAAUAGGAACGCACCCCUCAGGCGCUCAAAAAGGAAGUCCUCCAGUGACAUCACGCUCGACAGCAACCAAGAGAAAGACAAGGGGGUGGAGGGAGAGGAUGAAGGGGGGAAGAAAUCAAACAAGGAGGAGGAUGGAGGGAGUGACGAUGAGGGGAAAGGUGGGAAGAACUCUAAAGAGACAGAGGGGAAACGAAAGAAGAAGGCCAAGCUGAGCUGGCUGAAGCCUUCUGGGAAACAGCCAAGUAUUUUCUCCAAGUUUCGCAGCGUGGGGAAGAUCACCUCGAUGACCAUGAAGAGCCAAACCAAAACAGAGCAGGAGAAUGGGACCAUGGAUGACCAGAGUCAGAACAGGAAGAGCAGUGAGGAGAAAUCAGUGGUCAACAUGGAUGAAGACAAGAAAGCAGUAAAAUGUGAAGAUGGUCUUGACCUGAUGGAGCGCUUGUUCCAGGGUCAGCUGGUCCUCAGGACUCGCUGUCUGGAGUGUGAGAGCUUCACGGAGAGGAGAGAAGACUUCCAGGACAUCAGUGUCCCCGUGCUAGAUGACCAGCCCAGCAGUCCAGAAGACCUCUCUGAAGUCUCUCCUGAUCCUAAACCAGAGAUGAAGACUCUGAAAUGGGCCAUCGGUCAGUUUGCUUCAGUGGAGCGCAUCGUUGGAGAGGACAAAUACUUCUGCGAGACAUGCCAUCAUUACACAGAGGCAGAGAGAAGUCUGCUGUUUGAUAAAACUCCUGAAGUGAUCACCAUUCACCUGAAGCGCUUCUCUGCCAACAGCCUAGAAUUGGACCCAUAUGCUGGUCUGUGCAAGGUGAACACCCCCCUGCAGACCCCUCUGACUCUUUCCUUGGAUGAGUGGUGCACAAGACCAUCAUCCAAGAAGGGUCAACACUACCAGCUGUUUGCUAUGGUCAUGCACAGCGGUGUCACCAUCAGCAGCGGACAUUACACUGCAUUCGUCCGCAUGUCUGAUCUGAAAGAUGUUAAGUUGUGGCUGCAGGACAACAAAGAAACAAAGGAGAAGGAGGAAGAGGUGGGGAGUAAAGAGGGAACACGGGUGAAUGAAGAAGUACAGGACUAUGACGAUGGAGAGGUUUCAUUCAGCCUAAACUCAAGGGGACAAAGAGGUGCUAGUUUGGCUAACAGCAAAAUGGGAGGCAAGAAGCUGUCAGAGGGUGGGGUUGGUCUCUUGGGGGGACAGAGAAGUUUAUCUGGUUAUGAUCUUGGGGCCAGCAGCAAACAAACAGAGAAAGCAGCAACAACAGAGGGAUCCAAACGAAGGAAAACCAUCAACAACAUGAGCCAGAACACUGAAGCAGGACUUAAAAAGGAGUCUGAUAGCAUUGAAGGAGAAGAAGAAAUGACGACAACCUCCUGUAGCGGAACACAGACCAGCCAGCAGCAGGCUCUGAACAACCUCCUUGAAUACGAGGGGAAGUGGAUGCUGUUUGAUGACUCUGAAGUGCGUUUGUUUGACGAGGAGGACUUCCUGCGAGCGUGUUCUCCUGAGACGUGCUCCUCAUCGACUCCUUACCUGCUGUUCUACAGGAGGAUGCCUGAACCUGUGAACACAUGAACUGCUGCUGACUCAGACAGGAUGUUCGCACAGUUGGCGUUUGGCAGCUGAGCGCCCACUCAGAGGACAAAUGUAUUUUGCAAUACUACUAAAGGUGCCAAAAAGACUUAAGCUGCCUGUCAGCACCUGUAGAUACUGCCUCAUGAACUGAACACAUACUUCAGGACUCACCUCAGAGACGUCCAUGAGCCAGUUUUGGUUCUGAGUCCUUUUUGAGAAACAGGGAUCUCAUUUCCUUCAGACCAGGAAUGACUUGUUCUGUUACUCUUGCCUCUACAGACUCAGAACAGUGACCCAUCUUUUUGUUGUCUGUACUUUCAUGUCCUGGUCACAAGCUUGGGUUCUUUCUCUGUCAUUGUGUAUCAUACCCAGUUAGUCACGUUUGCCCAGUUAGUCAAUUUGUAUGGACCCAUUUUUACAAAUUGGAGAAGCACUUUGAACUAAAAUUUAGGUUAAAAUUCAAAACAUUGAGGAAUGUCUAUUUGGGGGCCAACAAUUUUCCCUUUAAGGCUUACUAUGCAACAGACCAGUGCUCCUAAUCCUCUGAAAAUGAAAGAUCAAGUAUAUCUGUUUGUCUUUUUAAGGCAGUAGAAAGUCUUUUGGUCCCUUUAGUUGGUGGGAUGUCUCGCUGUCCCAAUGUGGUGUCAGAGCUAAUGAUUAGAGAGGGAGGGAAGCUGAAGGAAACACUACUGUCCACGUGAACACAAUGCUAAUAUCAACAAACCCAGAGAGAGUUUGGUGUCACACUUCUUUAAAAGUCAGAGCUCCACAAUAUUUUUUUUACGAAGGAUACAUUGCUAAUUUCUGUAAUAACAUUCAGAAGUUUUGAUGUUUUUCCUCAUUUUACUUUUGUCAUACAUUUAUUUGUCCUUCCUCAGUGUCGCAUAUUAAGCCUUUAAGCGGUCAAUUCAAAUUUACAAAAGUCAACCAAAGAGCCGGAUGAUGUCUUGAUUUUUCUUUCCAUUUGCAAAGAAACACAGAAUGUGCUCUGUGAGGUUAAAUUGCUGUAUUUUUAAGGUAAUUUCCCCCCUCGUACUUACUUCUUCUCAUUUCUUUGCAGUCUGUUUUUACAUGCAGACAAAGCCCACAUUCAAUUCUAGACAAACCUUUAGUUUUGGACACACUGAUAGUUUUACAAAAACACACUGAAAUGUAAAGUACAGAAUAUGUACCAAGUUUAUAUAUAUUAUGUUGGUACUGUUUUUAAAUAAAACGUUUUAGCAGUUUUCUCCUCAGCCUGUGUGUUGCAGACACUUUUCAUAGUGUAAAAUCAGUAAAGAUAAAAAACUUGAACCCUUUAAAAACAUCUGUAAGCUGUCAUGUUUUUAAAACCCUUCAAGCAAAGUCUUAAAAACUGCCUCAUCUGUUAUAUCUAGGGAUGCACAAUAUUAUCGGCAUGAUAUCUGUAUCAGCAGAUAUUAGCUUAAAAAUAAUAGAUCAGCUAUAACAAUUUCUGACAAUUAUUUACAACUGAUACUUAGGCUAUAAAAAUCUGCCUACAUCAGAUGUAAAUAUUGGCCUUAUGAUUAAAAAAAAAAUGUAGUUUCAGGCUGAACCAGCAGACCUACAUCAGCAUAAAUCUUUUUUUUUUGUUCCUCAUUCUUCUUUACACUUUAAAGUAUGUUUUAAGGACUGCAAUUUUAGGUCUGAACUAUAUUUAAAUAUUGGUAUUGGCAUUUAAGAUGUUAGCGAAAUUCCAACAUCGUGCAUCCCUAAUAUCUAAUUUAGUUUCUAAGAUACAGUUAUAUUAGUGCUACUUAAUUGUUGCUUUUAAAAUUUCAUGUGCAAAUGUAUGUUAUUCACAUGGUUUUUUAUGAAUCUCAGAAAAAAAUGGUUGAAAGAUGAGUGUUUAAGCAUACAGCAGAUUCUCGUUCAGAGCCACCAUUAUGACUUAGUUAGCGUCACUUCUAUUUUCCAAAUUUAUCAUCAGGAACAAAACAUUUUAGUACCUUGCUUACAGCUAAUUAAACUAGCACAAAUAAUGGAGAAAGUAUAAGCAUCAAGAGUGCACACUGAUGGACUUAACAGGCUUGAAAUUAGGCAAGUCUAUGACAUUAAGCCACGUCUGGUAUAAUGGAGAAAGAUGUGAGCCAUUUGGCUGCAACCUCCAGUCUCCUGUGUUGGCAUUUUCUAAUAAGAAAGUGUCAACAUGUAAGUUCGGCUGCGCUACUUCAAAUAUCAGGUCUGUUCAAGUUCUGGUCAUUUUUGUUGAGUAACUAAAAGAGGAAAAUGCCAACAACUGAAUUACAUGGCUUUCUUGAAGCAGUGGUUUGUAACUGCUCAGAACUCAGCAUCAACUCGACAACAGCAAAUUUUGACCCAAAUGUUUGUUUUUUUUUGUUUUGUUUUUGGACCAAUCAGAUUUAAUUAUUGUAAAGUAGUACAGUUAAGACCUUGGACAAUACAAGAUGAAAUAAAACAACAGGACAAAAAAAACAUGUUUUAAACGUUUCAUGGAUAUUUUGGAGUUAAUUUUUUUCCAGGCACACAUGAGAAACCCACUGAAAAGGGCUUUGCAACCCGCUUAAGGGUCCUGAGAACCGCUGUUUAAAAGAACUGCCCAGGGAGAAAUGAUGAAAGAUGGAAACUGAGUCAGAAUCACUGGUGUUUUACUGUUCUUUCAAACCUGUCUCUAUCAUCACUCAACACUGCAUUUUCAUUCAUAAGGAUUGCAUUGGUUUUGUGCUUAUUCACUGUUCAUUCUAACUAAAAAUGCAUAGCUUUUACAUGUGAAAAAUACAGCCUUAACAAUAUGACCACCUAUGCAUUCAUAUGCUCCAUAAUACAACAGAAGUGCCACAAAUUCUGUUUUAUGAAGCUUCUACAAUUUCUAGUUUUUGUUAGCAGGGUCAAGAAGAUGGUUAGGUCUACUUCAUGUUUAUUACUGAAGUUAUUGUAGGUAGUGGUGUGGGUAGUGGUCAAGUCAGUUUUUCCAUUGGCAAGACACCUAGCCCUAUUUGCUCCUACUUCUGCAUCAGUGGUGUGUGAAUGUGUAUAAAUAAUAAAUAUGAAGUAGAAUUACCACCUUUCUGAUCAUGUCAACAAAAACUGAAAAUGUAGACAUUUUGUAAAGAAGAAGAAUUUGGCUCCCAGUUUCUCACACAGGUGUGCCACACAGGUAUAUUUCCCUUGUGUUUUUUCUUGUGUUUCAAAAAAUCUAUAUAUAAUCCUUGUGCUCAAGAGAGGUGUCCAUUUAUACAUAAAUGCACUGUUUGAGGAGUGAUGUGUCAAAAAUUCAGUUUCUUACUUCAUUUUAACAUUGUUUUUUCUGCUGCUACGUUCUGCUAAUACCCUGUACUCCUGCACUCUAGGAUGAUGGUUACAAAACCCCAUCCCAUCAGCAAAAGCCUCCAUACAUGCAGCUCAAUGGUUAUGAUUACAGAAUAUUGAGUGAUGAUAUUUGAGCAUCUUUAUAUGGUAUACUGUUAAUGAAUAUAUUCAAAAGAGAAAAGAAACAGAAAAUAAACCAACAAAAUGAAGGAGGGAUGAUCCCUAUUGCUAUUGCCCAAGUAUAAUCACAUUUUGUGAGAAACACUGGAGCAAGCUGUUGUAUUGGAUUGCAUUAGGAAGUCAUAAUGUUAUGGCUGAUGGGUGUUAGAAUCUGCUGUGUCGUUAGAAAUGUUCAUUGAAAGUGACAAUGCUGCCUCAGGUUCUAAUGCUAAAUGCUAAGUCCAAUAACAUUCAGGAAUUAGAUCUUUUAUUGAGUGAUUAAACUUAAAUUGUACCAGUCACAGUCAAUGUUUCCAUAUUACAGCUGGAAAGGUUUUCCAAGCUUUGUUUUACUUUUAGUGCAUUUAAACUGUUCUGCAUUCCAUCUGUAUUCAAAAAAAUGUUGGCGGUUUCAUAUUUUAAGCAAUAAAGUUUUUACCUUGC